AUGCCCUCCCUCCAGGACACCCUCGACACCCUCGCACAGCACUCGGCCCAGAUCGCCUACCUCUCCACCCUCAACACAGCCCCAGCGGGCCCCUUCACCUCCGCUUACCUCUACCUCCCUCCGCCCCAUCUCGCCCAUGUGCCCGAAGAAAAGGGAAACGUCCUCCACCUCAUAAGAGAUGCCUCCGAUGCAGAGCGGAGAUUAUUCAAAUUUGUGGGAGAAGGCGAUGCUCUUGCGACUGCUGGAGAGGGCAAGGGCAGGGGUGGUGGUAACAAGCGGGUGGAGAAGAGAGAUGGGGGUAUUGUGACACCUUUGAAGGAGCUCAAGGCCAGAGCCGAAUCAGAAAAGGACGAAACAGAAGUCAUGUUGAGGACUGCAUUGAAACUCGUUGAUGAUUAUCGUUCCAUGCCGAGAGCUAGGGCCCACGUCCAAAACCUGUUGGACUCUCACCACGCCAACCUGGAUCGUCUUGCCGAACUGGAAAUGCUUAUCGAAGAGGCGAGCCAACCUACUGCUGGCGCUCCUUCAUCGCCCAGGCCUGCUCAACCCAAAGACCUCGGCGAAUCUAUAUCUGGAGAACCCAAAGAAAAGCUUUCCGCGGAAGAAGCUCUCAAAGCUGAAGAGGCUGCUCUUCGCGCUCUCGAGUCUAAAUUAGCACCUCUUCGUCGAGCCGCAAGAGACAACCAGACAGAGUCGCAAGAUUCCGUACCUCCUCAAGGACGAAACAUUCCCCAGUCACCACCUUCAUCAUCAUCUCAAGCCACCGAAACUUCACUCACAUCUUCACAGAUGCCUUCGCAACCGCGCACGCCCGGGCGUUCCAUGCCUCAUGUGACGAAUUCGCUCGUUAAUGCUACACCCAGACAUGAGCGCAAUGACUGGCCAGAAAGGAUCGACAGGUUCAGCCCUCUCAAGUUGUUGACUACCCCUCGAGCUCCUCGGCCACUGGGUGGCACAGGUCUGAGAGAAGGCAUAUUUGAGAGGGCGCGAGCUUUUCAGGCUGCGUCAGCUUCAGGAGGUGUACCGCCCUCAGCGCCGAGAGGUCUGACAGCGUCGUUGUUCGGCAAACGCCAAAUGACCCCGUCAGAGCCCAGGGUGAAUGAGACUCCGGCUCCCAAUCCACGAGAAGUGCUGGUGGAAGAAGGAGUGGACCAGGCGGACGAGACUGUGAGACUGAAUAGGGCGCCUUCGCCCCCAAAUCCGGUACAGACCCCGCCUACGCCAACACCAGCUGUCCCGGUGACACCUCCGAAGUCACAAGAAGAUACUCUGGCGGAGACACCACGUGCUGCUGUAUCCCCACCCAAACCAUCUCCCGUUGUUAUGGAAGCCUCGGCGAAAUCUGCAGAUGGCAUAGAUGUGGAGUCGGCGGGCGUGAAGGCUGGCGUUGCCAGAAUAUGGGCUCAUUGGAGCGAUAUAAUGAGACAAGGUGUCAACGGCGGAGAAACCGUCUCGGAAGAUCCACGUUCUUCAGUCGACCAUAUCAUUCGCUUAUCAAAGUCUGACCCCCCGGCACCACCAUCUCCAAGCUCGUCCUCCUCCAUAUCUGCCUUGUCCUCCGGCCUCCAGUCGGCCAGACCCAUCAACUCCGAUACUAUCCUUUCUGCCCACCUUUUCCUUUCUCUCCUUCGUGCUUCGUCAGGCGAUACCCAAGAAGUGGACAUGGAUGAGCUCAAGGAGACUAUACAGUCUAUAGCGCAGGCCAAGGGAUGGGGCGACGCCGGGACAGGGUCGAGGAUCGUCUUUGCGGCGGUGGGGAAGAAAGUAAUCACGAUUAAUUGGAAAGGAGGAGGCAAACGAGUGAGAUUUUUGGACUGA